AUGAUGAGGUGUGUCUAUACGACACAGAAACACAAGAAGUUGAAGACAUGGAUGGAUGGCUUCGCAGAGAUGAAGGGGAAGAGGCUUCACCUGUAUGAUUCCGAUAUGGUGGAAAUACACAACUCGAUAGUCUCCGCCUUAAAUAACGAGAUGGAGAUAUUCAAAUAUCUCGUUUACAUUGAGUCUUUUGAGAAUCUGGAGGAAAAUGGAGAAAGGGAGCACCAGGAGCAUAUUACUCGCACCAGGGAGAUACUCGAGGAGAACCCAGGAAGUAUGGGCGAUCCUAGAAGCUCACAGCCAGGGGGGAGAACCAGAGAAGAGAUAAUAAAUCUUUUUGAAGAGUAA